UGUGUGCUCGGACGUGCAUCUUCGGCUGCUGCCUCCCCCCCACACACAGUCGUGCAAGCAGACGCUCGCGCAGCACAGCAGACGUGCGCCGCGCCGCUGCAUUCACGGCAGAGAUUCGGCGCGUUCUGCUCAUCUCGACCGACCGAUAGCGUACAGCUGAACGCUCGUACACGCGCAGCGGAAGCCAGCACUGUGCUCUGCUACAUCUACUAACACUAUUACUACGUCUAGCUGCUGCUGCUGCUGCUGCUACUACAACAACAACAACAACUACUACUACUACUACUACUACUACUACUACUACUACUACUACUACUGCUGCUGCUGCUGCUGCAUGGUGCUGCUGCUGCUGCUAUAAUACUGCUCAACACGUGACGUGUUACAAGGCCGUGAAGUCGACACGGGAGGUGCCGCUGAUUUCGAAUGCCUUCUAUCGCACGGAUUGCGACGAGCAAUGUUGUCGCCGAUAUACGUCAGAAGGAAAUUACGCGCGCACUAGCCGCAUAGCAUCGUUACACCUAACCGAGUACGACCGAACAGUGAGCUAGCAUCACGCUGUCUCCACGCGCGACAGGAGCAUUUACUCGAGGGCGACAGAAAGAGAGAUAUACAACGAGUCAACGCAAAACAGCUGUUCAAGAUGGGAUUGACCGGAUGCAUGCGGUGUCUAAAGUACACAGUGUUCGUCAUUAACUUGCUGUUCUGGCUGGCGGGAAUGGCUCUGCUAGGGCUAGCUCUCUGGUUGAGAUUCAAUCCACAGACGGACCAGUACACGGCGAUAGACGAGCAGCUAUCGGCGAGAUACUACACCGCCAGCUACAUACUGAUGGCAGCAGGCGGCGUGAUGACAAUGUUUGGUUUCCUUGGAUGUUACGGAGCACUACGAGAGAGCCAAUGCAUACUAAUCAUGUUCUUCACUCUUCUGGUACUUCUGUUUGCUGCUGAAAUCGGAGGAGGAAUUUACGCCUAUAUGAACAAGGAAAAGCUAUCGGCGUUUGCGAAAGAGGCGAUGAAGAAGACGAUCAAGUACGAGUAUGGUCGCGACCCGAUACAGACGUCGGCUGUUGACUACAUACAGGACACGUUGUCCUGCUGCGGGGGAGAAAAUGCCGACGAUUGGAUCUCCAGCCACUGGUCAACGAAAGAUGUUGAGCAGGACAUCGGUGUCGGAGAGAAGCAGUUGGUGAAGGUUCCUUCGUCAUGCUGUACGGUAGAGGGCAAGAACAGCCACGGCGUCGACUGCGGCAACUUCCAGAAGAACGAAGACCCGUUACUGCACGGAGCCGGCUGCAGUCCGAGUCUUGGCACGUACUUUAGGGAGAACCUCGAUGUUGUCGUUGGCGCUGGAGUCAGCAUCGCGAUAUUUCAGUUUCUAGGCAUGGUGUUGGCGAUUAUGCUCUGCUGCAGCAUACGGCGGGACGGCUACGAACCAGCUAACGACGACGCCGUCUACAAAUACUAG